AUGAGCAAACCCUGGAUCUUCGUUUUACCCUCAACCAGAGGAAUUGGUUAUGCUCUCACCCGCCACCUCCUUCAAAAAACAUCACUUCCUAUUCUCGCAACAGCACGCCUCCGCCAUGAUCCAGAAGAUGUGAAAAAGUCACUCCUGCAAGGUCUCCCCGAGAAAGACGCUCUCGCCAAACGCCUCUCUAUAGUCCACGCAGAUGUCACAGAUGACAAAUCUCUAAGUGACGCUGCAUCUAGAGCCGCGGAAAUGUUCCCUACCGAUAAAAACCAUCUUCGUCUUGCGUGUGCUAUUCCUGGUAUUUUGAGGCCUGAGAAGAACCCGAGCCAAAUCGAUGCAGAUGCCAGUUUAGAGCAGUUCCGCAUCAACACUGUUGGCCCUCUUCUUCUCAUCAAGCACUUUGACCAGUUCCUUCCUAGACGGACGACCAAGUUGGAGGACAGCCCAGAGAGUGACCAAGUCAAAAUGCCUUCGCAUUCUGUAUGGCUAAGCAUGGCCGCUCGCGUGGGUUCCAUAUCUGACAACAGGGCUGGUGGGUGGUUCUCAUACAGAGCAACCAAAGCGGGUGUCAUCAGUAUCGGCAAGAGUUACGACAUUUUUCUGAACGGGCGAAGCGGUGACAAAGCUAUUUCAAUUAGCUAUCACCCAGGAACGGUCAAGACGGACCUGAGUAAGGACUUCUGGAGCAGUACAAAGGAAGAUAAGCUAUUCAGCCCUGAAUUUGCUGCGGACAGGCUUGUUAGUGUUGCAACAGGCAUGGCGUUGGAAGGCCGUGGAAAAUGCUGGGACUGGGAUCAUAAGGAGAUCCUCCCAUAG